CUGCUGGACAUUAACUCCUCUGAUAGAGCUUUUCAAACGGCAUCAGAACAGCAAGUAUCCAGGAAAACAGGUUAUCUCGUCGCCUUUGAGAAGCCACUGCAAUUUGGGCUGCUACGCUAAAGCCAAAGGAUGCGACUGACAGUCGUGCUGCGGGGCCUGGCUAUACUCUUCACUUUAGUCACAACCUGGCUCUUCGCCUCCACCUAUUUCCACCAAGUCAGCACAAAAUCAGUCAACCUGAGGAGCUGGUUGGGAUCCGUUGACACGCAAACUAAAGCAUCAAAAGUCCGAAAUAAGUGUGGCAAUCGUCAAAGUUGCCCUGAAAACACCUUUUCUUUCAAGAUUGUCAGUGGCGCGGCCAAUGUCGUCGGACCUUCCCUGUGCCUUGAGGAUACUGUAUUUAUGAGCGCUAUCAAAAAUAACGUUGACCGGGGUUUGAACAUUGCUCUUGUCAAUGGAACUAAUGGCCACGUCAUCAAGAUGGGUUCCUUUGACAUGUAUUCUGGAGAUAUAAAGGAUUUAGUGACAUUCCUGCAGGACAUUAAGCAAGGUUCCCUUGUGCUCAUCGCCUCCUAUGAUGACCCGGGCACAAAGCUGAAUGAUAAAGCACGGGAGAUGUUGACUGAACUCGGGAGCAACUAUGCCGGCAAGCUGGGAUUUCGGGACAGUUGGGUCUUUCUUGGUGGGAAAGGACUCAAAGGCAAAUCCCCGUUUGAACAGUACUUGAAAAAUAAUAAGGACACCAACAAAUACGAUGGCUGGCCUGAAAUGCUGGAAAUCGAGGGCUGCGUGCCCAGGAAGAUAGGGUAGCGGUGGGCUCGAGGCAGAACCGCAGCUUCCGUGGUCUCCAUGAAUAGACUUUGCCUUUGCCCCCAACGGAUUCCACCCUCUGGUGCUGCCAUUGCUCUUGCCACUCAACAUCUCUUUGGCACAGGCCCGUGGAGCCCAGCACGUCAAGCCUGUCAGCUCUUCACGGCAGCCCAGGAGGAGCGG